AUGAUGUUCUUCGUCGUCUUUUCAUUCACGACAAUAUCGCUUCUAUUGUCGGAUUGUCUGAGUACGACGGACUUGAAGUCGUUUGGAAAACUUGCGUCGACGUCUACUACAGCACCAGCGAGAUCCAGUUCCUCUGGAAUAAUAAUCUCAAGGCAUCGGCACGGGAAGGAUCUCUCGGUCAUGGAUGCUUUCGAGGAAAAUGGUGUUCGCAAAUGGGCAGGGGUGUUGGAACGGAACCAACCGUUCGUAAUCUGCCCAUGUGCACCUCUUGACUUGCGGCGAUUACGAAGAACAGCAGAUCGUGUCGAUCGGCGUCGGAUGAGCCGGAAUUGCACUCCGCGGAUGUGGACUAAUCCUCCUUCUGGGGAGGUUGGCUGUGCCUGGGUAUUUGGGGAGUAUGCUCGGUCUGCCCCACUACCGGUGUGCUUGGGUAGUCAAGGCAAUGCCGUGUAG